AUGAAUUUUCCGUAUAACGAUAUGAAUUUUGUGAAACGAUCACAUUUUUCGUUGAAUUCAAAUCAGCUCAGUAUCUUCCAAUGCGCAUGGCAUCGUUGCGCGCGUCACCAACGACUGAUUAUGUCAGCAGUCACGUGGCUCAUCCAAUCGACCCGGGCGGGCAAGGCCAACGCGUUCUGGAGCUGCCUGAGCUUCGUCAAGCUCCGUUCAGCCUUCCACCGACGACACAUCAAACCAAUCCACCCCCCUUCGAUAUCUACGCCGAAUCCUCCCCCCUCCCUCCGACCUCCAACCCUCGACAAACCGAAUUUUCACACAAAGUAA